CACUAGGGAACGGGUGAGGAUUGGGGAUGAGGAUUUGUAGAUUAUAUGGAUGCUACGGGAGGCAUUUGAUUCACUGCUCGCGUGUCAUGAGAUGAUGUAAGGAUCUGGGGAAGUUGUGUGCGGGAUUUGUGUGUUUUCUAGAAGAAAAGCGUCGCGUGCUGCAUCGGCUCAGAUUUGCUGAUGUUGAGUUGGCAUUUUGGGUGAAAAGCCCAGAAGGACCCCAAGCACAGAGCAGAAGUACAGCUGUAGAUGUGAUGCAGUGUCCUGCUUAAUCUUCAGGGUAUAAAUAAAGCAACAUGACACUCAGGCGAGUGAAUGUGGUGAUCCUUGUCCUGCUCUCGAUCGCCUUUUUAAUCAUUGUGCAUCGAAAUCUGCUGAAUCUCAGUGACUUCCUGAAGCAAGAUGGUUCAGAUGCAGCCCCGGGUGCGAUCCUGCCCUUUGAAAGUGGAUUCUUUGCGGAGCGUAAAGUCAGGACAGGGGAGGAGAUCCCGGUGGUGAUCACGGCCUCUGAGGAGAGACUGGGUGCCGCCGUGGCUGCCAUGAACAGCAUCAGCCGAAACAGCAAAGCCAACGUGGUCUUCAGCGUCGUGACGCUCAACGAGUCUGUGGAACAUCUCCGGACUUGGUUGAGCAAAACAGACAUCAAGCACAAAAUCAUCACAUUUGAACCAAAAAUCCUGGAGGGAAAGAUUUCCUUCAAUCCUCAGCAACUGGAUUUGGAAAAACCGCUCACUUUCGCCAGGUUCUACAUGCCGAACUUCUUACCUGACACGGAGAAAGCAAUUUACCUGGACGAUGACGUUAUUGUGCAAGGAGACAUCCAGGAACUUUUUGACACGAGUCUGAAGCCUGGGCAUGCUGCUGCUUUUUCAGAAGACUGCGACACUGUGUCUUCUAAAGGCAUCAUUAGAGGAGCAGGAAACCAGAACAGUUACAUUGGCUUUCUGGACUUUAAAAAGGAAACUGUUAGGAAACUGGGAAUGCGAGCAAACACGUGUUCUUUCAAUCCCGGGGUCAUCGUGGCAAACUUAACCGAAUGGAAACACCAAAACAUCACCCAGCAGCUUGAAGUGUGGAUGGAGCGCAAUGUCAAGGAAGAUCUUUACAGCAGCAUGCUAGCAGACAGCUUCACUACACCACCGCUACUUAUAGUGUUCUACAAGCGCCACUCCAGCAUUGAGCCCAUGUGGCAUGUCAGACAUCUCGGAGCCACUGCAUCUGGAAAUCGCUACUCAUCACAGUUCAUCAACUCCGCUAAACUCCUCCACUGGAACGGACAUUAUAAGCCGUGGGGCAGAGCCUCGUCGUACACCAAUGUUUGGGACAAGUGGUACAUUGCAGAUCCCACUGGUAAAUUCCAUCCAAUCAGAAGACACUCGGGGGACCAAUAAAGACUUGAAUAAUCCUAACACUUUGCACAAAUAUCUAGGUUCUCUAGGACGGCCAUUUGUUGCAUCAGAAUCGUGUACUGAACAGCAUUUUGCGAUCCUACAAAUCCUAAAUUAUAAUGAACGACUUAGGAAUUACGCUUAUCUUCGCUGCUUUUCCAGCUGCAUCACUUUUGCCCGGAAUUCUAUAUCCGGUGGUUUUUAAGCAGGUCCACAACUCAAAAGCAGUUGAAGCUGUUGGCAAUUUGGCUUAAAAACUAGUUGACACUAAUAAUAAAGUAUUAAUGUGGCAUUGGGUGUGAUGGAUGGAAGUUCAAAACAGGAAAUCGGACAGUGUCUUUAAAUAUACUAAGUAUUUUAUUUCUUCUGUUUCCAUUUUGGCUUCUGGGCACAGUUACAGUGACUUAACACUUCACCUGAGCUAAUCAAGUAUUAAAAAUGCCCUCGAUAUGGCAAUAUGAACAACGGCAUCUCAAAAAAGUAUUAAAGAGGCAUCUGUUCAACAUUUCAUUCCACCAAUGCCAGCUCAAAGCUUGUCAAAACUAACUUCAUAUAUAUAAGAUCAUAUAUAAGACAAGAACACUAAAAUGCUACCUCAAUCCUUAUUGCCUAGAUUCAGAAGGUCCAGCAUUUUUCAUCUUACUUUUACUUUAAUCCAUUUGGUUAAGUAUACACUUGUAUUGCAGUGGUAGUCCACGGACAUCAAAAAACCUGUUUUUUUUUUCUUGUGACUCUCCAAGCAUGAAACAGAACCACUUAAUUUUGAUUUCCACAUGUAUAAUUUUAAAGCAUGUUUUUUUUUUUUUUUGCUGUCUCACAAUGAUCUUGAGCACAUUUCAUAUCUUGACUAAGAGUCAUUUCCAUUUCAGCUUCAAUGUUACUUGUCUGGAAGCGUGUGCCAACAAAUUUGUAAAUAGGAAAGCAAAUAAUUCUAUAUUUACUUAUUAAAUAAAGUAACAUUGUUAAUUUGUUGUGUGGUUAUUGUUUAACACUUUGCAUGUUGUUACUGUUCUUCAGUUGUAAAGAAUCUUCACACAGUACAAAGGUAUUAAUUAUGUAAGUAAUAAAACAUGAGGGGAUGUGUGGAAAACUAGUAAAAAAAAAAAAAUAAAGAUGAUUUUCCAGUAACAGCA